CGUUUAGGUUACGUUCAAAAUAUAAUAAAUAGAUGCAUGAAAUAAGAGCUUUAUGGCGCUGUUUGUACUACCAAAAACGUCUAARUAAUGGGCUAGAUUUAAUGUCCAGGAAAAAGUAUUCAUGGAUAUCACAAAUAAAUGGCAAUAAGCAUGAUCCUGUAAAGACUGUAUUUACUCCAACAAAAUGGGAGAUCCAACGAGCUGAAAAACUAUUUGAUUCCAUUGGAGGCAAAACUGUAUUGGACGAGUCUGGUGUAAAGUUGAAGAAAUUUACGAAACUGCAACAACUUCCUGAGAUUGCAUUACUGGGGAGAACAAGUGUUGGAAAAUCCUCUCUUAUCAAUGCAUUAUUACAUCAAAAGAAGCUUGCGAAAACCUCGAAAACCCCUGGUCAUACAAGGUUGAUUAAUUAUUUUAAUGUGGGAUCAAAGUUUUACCUGGUUGAUCUGCCAGGGUAUGGUUACGUUGAAGGUCAAGGACAAGGAAGUCAAAACUUUGUUAAUAUUGUUGAAAAAUAUUUGCAAGCAAGAACAGGCAAAGAAUUGAGAAGUGUUUGUCUGCUAAUUGAUGGCAAAGUUGGCAUUAAGAACAAUGACCUAAUUGCUGUGGAGAUGCUUGAAGAAAUGAAUGCUUCAUUUCAUGUUGUUGUGACUAAGAUGGAUAGAGUGAACAAGGAGUUUCAUGAUUUGAUCACCAGACAAAUCAACCAGGAAAUCCAGAAACAAUCAACACUGUGCUUUCCACACAUAUUUCCAGUCAGCUCAAAAGACAAGAUUGGACUGUCGGAGCUGCGUUAUUUCAUUGCCUUAUGCACUGGAAUUUUUUUGAAAUAGACAUUAUUUAUACUCCUGCCUUAUGAGUUAGUGUUUGUAUAUAUAAUAACAUAAGAAUGCCUGCUGG